UGCAGAUGUGGUCCUUGAAGAGAGCAGGCUAAUGAGCCCUGUGCCAUAUCUCUACCUGUCCGUGCUGCUGGGCAAGGCCAUAGGAAAGUUCUGACGCCCUGGGCUGGAGAGCAGAUACCUCUCCUCUCGGAAGGCACAGAGCCAUGACAAAAGCUACGGCUAAGGAAGGAGGGUCCAAUGGGGCCAUCACAGCUCCUGAAGAGAUAAAAAAGGAGGAUAUGGAAGAGAGAGGCCAGUGGAGUAGCAAAAUGGAGUUUAUACUGUCUGUGGCUGGGGAGAUCAUUGGCCUGGGUAAUGUGUGGAGGUUCCCAUACCUCUGUUACAAGAAUGGUGGUGGAGCCUUUCUCAUCCCUUACCUUAUCUUCCUCUUCACCUGUGGGAUCCCCCUGUUUUUCCUGGAGACAGCGCUGGGGCAGUACACCAGCCAGGGAGGGGUCACUGCCUGGAGGAAGAUCUGUCCCAUUUUUGAAGGAAUUGGAUACGCCUCACAAGUCAUCGAGUGGUAUCUGAAUAUCUACUACAUAAUCAUCCUGUCCUGGGCACUCUUCUACCUGUUCAGCUCCUUCAGCACAGUGCUACCAUGGGCCAGCUGCAAUAACCCCUGGAACUCAGAUCUCUGUGUGGACAUUCUGAAUAGCUCCAGCUUGGAAAACAGGACCAUGCCAGCGAACGCCACAUCCUCAAUGAUUGAGUUUUGGGAGAAGCGAGUCCUGGGGCUCACGGAUGGUAUUCACAAACUGGGCACUGUGCGCUGGGAGCUGGCUCUGUGUCUCCUGCUGGCAUGGAUCAUCUGCUACUUCUGCAUCUGGAAAGGGGUCAAGUCCACAGGCAAAGUUGUUUACUUCACUGCCACCUUCCCAUACGUGAUGCUUAUUAUCCUACUGGUGCGAGGAGUCACGCUGCAGGGUGCAGCCGAGGGGAUCAUCUUCUACCUGAAGCCAGAUAUUUCCAGGCUUGCAGACCCACAGGUCUGGAUGGAUGCAGGCACUCAGAUCCUCUUCUCUUAUGCCAUUUGCCAGGGGUGCCUAACAGCUCUGGGCAGCUACAACAAAUAUACCAACAACUGUUACAGGGACUGCAUCAUGCUCUGCUUCCUGAACAGUGCCACCAGCUUCGUUGCUGGCUUUGCCAUUUUCUCUGUGCUGGGCUUCAUGGCUCGAGAGCAGGGUGUACCCAUUGCAGAAGUGGCUGAAUCAGGUCCUGGGCUGGCUUUCAUAGCAUAUCCAACGGCAGUAACGAUGAUGCCCGUGUCACAGAUUUGGUCCUGCCUCUUCUUCCUCAUGUUGGUCUUCCUGGGACUGGACAGCCAGUUUGUUUGUGUGGAAAGCAUGGUCACAUCUCUUAUUGACAUGUUUCCGCGAGUCUUUCGGAAGAAGGGGCGUCGGGAGCUGCUGAUCCUGGCCAUUGCAGUCAUAUGCUACCUGCUGGGCUUAUUGCUGGUCACUGAGGGAGGGAUGUACAUCUUCCAGCUCUUUGACUACUACGCUGCCAGCGGUACAUGCCUGCUCUUCCUGGCCAUUUUUGAAGUCAUCUGUGUAGGAUGGGUGUAUGGUGCCAAUCGCUUUUACGACAAUAUUGAAGACAUGAUUGGUUUCCGGCCAUGGCCAUUGAUCAAGAUAUGCUGGCUGGUGCUGACCCCAGGUCUGUGCUUGGCCGUCUUCCUGUUUUCCCUGAUCAAGUACAGACCCUUGAAAUAUAACAAUUCCUACGUGUACCCUCCCUGGGGCUACAUGGUGGGCUGGUUGAUGGCACUCUCCUCCAUGGUCUGCAUUCCUCUCUACGCCAUCUUCAUCCUCCUGAAAACUAAAGGAUCCUUGAAGCAGCGACUAACACAGCUGAUUUCCCCAGCGGAGGAUCUGCCACAGCCGAAGAAGCACAUGUCAGGGCUGUCCAACCUGAAGCACAAGGGAUGGUCCGCUCCAGUCCAGGAGGUGCUCAGCAUCACAGAGAGAGAAACUCACUUCUAAGGUCACAGCGCCAUCCUUAACUUGCAGAGGGAGCUCCACACCUGGUUGAUCCUGAGCUCAGGCUCCUGAUACCCUCCACAGCACCAGCAGCACCAGCAGCAAGGAGCCUUUGGGGAGAAAUCAUUUCUCAUGCCCUCAUACACAUGCAAGUAGCACCCACACUCUGCUCUUCCUCCUCUUCCUCAUGCUGCUUCAGGAGGUCUUGGGUGGCUGCAUUGCUCCAUUUUCCCCACCCUCAGCGGGUACUGCACAACGCUGAGGACCGUCAGGAUAUGGGUGAUGGCCACAACCAUGGCCUGGAGGAGAAGGGAGAGAAGGAGCUCUGAUGGAACAGCGCGUCAAUGGAGAGUCUCAGGGGUGCAAGCAGGCAGUCGAUGAUGUUGAGCUUGUGGGUGCUGAGGACUUUGUCUCCACUGUCUGGUGUCAUGCCUGGAAGCAGCCCAGUCAGAAAGUUGUUCUUCGGAAGGCAUUGGCCAAUGCAGUGGAGGUCAAGCCCAAAGAGCAUCAGAAGGGUAUCAGCUGAUACCCAAAACCACCAGCUGUGGAAGGCAGCAAGGAACAUGUUUUCCUGUCUGAGCCCAUGAGGCUCCUGACUCAUCUUCUCCAUCUCCUCCAUUAGCCAAGUCAUCUCCUCAAGCUCUUCAUCCUCACGCUGCUUCAGGACGUCUUGCGUGUCCACAUCACUCCAUUCCUCCACCUUCACUGUGCACUGCACAAGGCUCAGGAUGGUCAGGAUGUGGGUGAUGCCCACACCCAUGGCCUAGGGGAGAAAAGGAGCUCAGUGGGGCUGGGAGGGGCAGGAGAUGCAGGGGCCCAGGGCUUGGUAUGAGUGCUGUGAGGAUGGAGGCACAUCCCUGCAUCCUCCUGGCCUUCUUUGCACCCAGCACUGAGCAUGGUGCCUGCCCUGCGCACGGUGUUCCCCACAGUGACUGCAUCCGCGUCAUGACCUUAGAAGCCCCUUGAGCCACCGGUGAUUUGCCCUCGGCUCUUGUGCAGCCCAGCCACCACUUGUUAGGACUAGAUGAUCUCCAAGGUCCCUUCUGACCCAAACCAUUCUAGGAUUCCAUGACAGAGCUCCCAGGGCCCCAAAACCUCCUCACAAAGAGCAGCGGGGGUGGCACAGUGCUAUCCUUAACUUGCACAGGGAGAUCCACACCUGCCUGAUCCUGAGCUCACGCUCCUGGUGCCCUCCACAGCACGAGCAGCAAGGAGCCUUUGGGGAGAAAUCAUUUCUCAUGCCCUCAUACACAUGCAAGUAGCACCCACACUCUGCCCGUCCUCAUGCUGCUUCAGGAGGUCUUGGGUGGCUGCAUUGCUCCAUUUUCCCCACCCUCAGCGGGUACUGCACAACGCUGAGGACCGUCAGGAUAUGGGUGAUGGCCACAACCAUGGCCUGGAGGAGAAGGGAGAGAAGGAGCUCAGUGGGGCUGGGAAGCAGGAAGGAGGAGAUGUUGACGACCCCAAGAAAGAGUAUCAGGAAGUGCUAACUGUCUGAGUGUAAACACUGCCCAGGUAAAUUCGAGGGUAAAUUCAUCCCUGUUACAGAGGGGAGAUGGAGAAAAGAGGUAGUAUUCCCCAACAAAGUGUUGUCCAACCACACACUGACAGAGACACAGGAUUUUUUUCAAACAAAUCUAUUUCUACGUUCUUAGAGGGUAAACUCUUCCUGCACCUCCUCACAGGAGGAGCAUCAUCACAACUGUGAGCAGGUUCAGUGGAUAAGCAGGGGCCCGGCUUCUCUGCAGUUCACAACGGGGUGGAGGAGGAAGCAGACCACGUUCUCUGGCAAGCGCUCCACCCAGGCGCAGGACGGUGUUGCUGGCAUCUUCCCCACAGUGCCCGGCUCUGAUGGAACGGCAUUCCAGCGGAGAGUCUGAGGGACAGAAGCAGGCGGUCAAUGAUGUUGAGCUUGUGGGAGCUGAGGGCUUCAUAGGCGCUGGCUUGGUGCCGUGCCUGGAAGCAGCUCAGUCAGAAAGUUGUUCUUGGGAAGGGAUUGGCCAAUGCAGUGGAGGGAACCACCUAACCCAGAGAGACAUCUGGCUUGGCUUGUCAGAAAUCCUGCUUCUCCUCUCCCUCCUCGUGCACACUGCUUGAGGUUCUUUUUUGGCUGCCGCUGUUGGAGUCAGCACUCUGCUGCCUGCGCAGCCAAUGGAGCCCAAAGAGCAUCAGAAGGGUAUCAGCCGAUACCCAAAACCACCAGUUGCGGAAGGCAGCAAAGAGCAUGUUUUCCUGGCUGAGCCCAUGAGGCUCCUGACUCAUCUUCUCCAUCUCCUCCAUUAGCCAAGUCAUCUCCUCAAGCUGCUCUUCCUCACGCUGCUUCAGGACGUCCUGCGUAGUAGCUAAAUUGCUCCAUUCCUCCACCUUCGCUGUGCACUGCACAAGGCUCAGGACGGUCAGGAUGUGGGUAAUGCCCAUACCCAUGGCCUGGAGGAGAAGGGAGAGAAGGAGCUCAGUGGGGCUGGGAGGGGCAGGAGGUGCAGGGGCCCAGGGCUUGGUUGUGGAGGGGUUGAGGGAGCUGGGAGGCAUUAAGGGGAAGGUUUAUGAGUGCAGUGAGGAUGGGGGCACAUCCCUGCAUCCUCCUGGCCUUCUUUGCAGCCAGCACUGAGGAUGGUGCCUGCCCUGCGCACGGUGUUCCCCACAGUGGCUGCAUCCUCCACCUGACCUUAGGAGCCCCCUGAGCCACCGGUGCUUUGCCCUCGGCUCUGGUCCAGCCCAGCCUUGAUUGCACCUGCCCUACUCACCGCUGGCACGAAGGCGUACUGCAGUGGCAGCACUGCCAGCUGGCACUCCUGGGGACAGCCUUUUGUGACACGUUCUCGGUCCUGUCCUAGGCAUCAGAGCCCCAUGGCAACAGUGUGUCCGGCCAGCCACAGCCACUGUCCCUGGCGAUGUGAAAAGCACAAUCCCUUUGGUUGGAACUAGAUGAUCUUAAAGCCCCUUGUGACCCAAACCAUCCUAUGAUUCUAUGGCAGAGCUCCUGGAGCCCUGAAACUUCCCCACAAAGAGCAGCAGGGGCAGCAUAGCACCAUCCUUAACUUGCACAGGGAGCUCUACACUUGGCUGAUCCUGAGCUCAGUCCCCUGGUGCCCUCCACGGCACCAGCAGCAGCACCAGUAGCAGCAGUGAGGAGCCUUUGAGGAGAAUUUAUUUCUCCUGCCUUGAUAGACAUGCAAGUAGCAGCCAGGCUUCCGCUACUCCAACCUAUAUUUGAUCAUGAUAUACCUGCAUUGUAGCCAGGGCCUUUGGACUUCCCAGGGAAAAAUAGAACCAGGAAUCCACGGAUCAGAAGAGUUUGGAGCCAUAUCUCGUAGUUGUCACACUACUGCUACUCAGGCAUUGCUGUGUGCGUACAAGAAAUCCGACAGGUCUCCUUCAGCCCCUGGAAGCGGGCACUUGGGGUGACUUCUGAGCCUGCUGGGAAACUGCCCCCUUCGUGCACACCCUCAGAGUGUAAAUAGCACAGAGAGGAGGGAGAAGAGAUAUUCUUUCUCCUGCUGGAAUUGUUAAUAACAUUCCAAGACGUGAUGCAUUUGAAGGUGAAGUCCAAGGAAGGUACAGGGUGCCCAUACCAGGAUGUGCCUCCUGGUGUACAGAAGAAAGGACUGACAUCUGUAAUGAA